ACCAAAUCAAAAAGCAACUGGACAUAAACCAAUUUUCCGAGUACGAAUUGAUCCACAGCAAGGUCUCGACCCUAGACCGGCGAUUUAUCGCCGACCCUACCGCGGUGAACGUCCCGUGCUACUCCACCUGGGAGGACCAGGGCGAGACGAGUCCGAGCUUUUCUCUGUUGCAACUACAGGACUCCGAGCUCCGCGCCAUGCACUUGAACCGAAUCCCGUUGGAUUUCUGCAGCAACACGACGUUUUGCUUAGAGGAUCUAGUCGGUAUGUUCGCGGGGGAUUUGGUACAGUGCUUCAACAACUCUGGGAGGGAAUACUUCUCCAGCUGCUACGUGAUUGAGUACGAGAAGUCGAAUUCGCCGGAUCUUUAUGGGAAUGGGUUGCUGAUGCCGGACGACCAGCGACAGGUUUCCCUGAUCGACCGAAAAGGAAGGGAGUUAGUUACGAACGUCAACUACCGGGAAGCACAUGCGGACUACGAUCUAUUAGAACAGAAGCAGCAGCUGGUCGUGACAAAUUCCGG